CACGGAAAUGUGAGGAAGAAAAGCGGCGCCGUGUAUUUAAACGGAAUGGCUGCCUCCGGGAAGCUCGCAUCUUUCCGCUUGCCUCCCUUGCCCACUGUCAGUGAACUGAUCAAGCUGUACAACCUGCGAGCAGAGAAACAGCUAUCUCAAAACUUUCUGUUGGAUUUGCGGCUCACAGACAAACUAGUGCGGCAGGCAGGCAAUUUGAACAAUGCCCAUGUGUGUGAAGUGGGUCCGGGUCCUGGGGGCUUGACCCGCUCUAUUCUGAACGCCGGGGCAACGGACCUGCUUGUGGUGGAGAAGGAUUCGCGCUUCAUCCCUGGAUUAAAGUUGCUGUCUGAGGCUGCGCCUGGCAGGUUGAGGAUUGUCCACGGUGACAUUCUUACCUAUAGAAUGGACAGAGGAUUCCCAGGAAGUAUCUCUCGUCCAUGGGAGGAGGAUCCACCAAAUCUUCACAUCAUAGGCAAUCUUCCCUUCAGUGUUUCUACUCCUCUCAUCAUCAGUUGGCUGGAGAACAUAGCCAAAAGGACCGGGCCUUUUGCUUAUGGACGCACCCGACUCACGCUCACCUUUCAGAAGGAGGUCGCAGAGAGGUUGACAGCCAGCACAAAGAGCAAACAGAGGAGCCGUCUGUCCAUCAUGGCUCAGUAUCUCUGCACCGUCCACCACCGUUUCACCAUCCCUGGAAGGGCCUUCGUCCCCAAACCAGAGGUGGACGUUGGAGUUGUUCAUUUCACCCCUUUGGUUCAGCCUCUCAUCCAGCAGCCCUUCAAACUGGUGGAGAAAGUCGUCAGGAAUGUUUUCCAGUUCCGCAGGAAGCACUGCCACCGAGGAAUCGGAUCCUCUGACCGAACUUGACCAAAAACGCGAGCUUCAAAACCAGAAGGAACACACCAACGCGCUCACGUGCACGGGCCAGCCGCCCCCGUCCGUGCCUGUGAGAAGCCCAGAAAUCAACACAGCGCUGGCUAUGGGAACGAGAGCAGCACUUAUUAGUCACCGACGAGGCAGCAGAUUUUAUAUAAUAGUCAACGUGUUGGCGGAAGCGGCACCCGACUGGCGAAUAUGCGCCCAGGGCUAUUGACUACUAGGGAUGGACAUACUGAAUAAUUAACUGGAUAAACUGUGAGAAAAAAAUGAGAAUGGGAAUGUCUCACGGGUGAGAGUCAUUGGAUGAAUCCGGUUCAGACCAUGCAGCGUUACGACCGGCACUGAUGAAAACGCACUUCUAGUCCAGGCAUUCGCGCAAAUCUAGGGACCGUCUAUCCAGAUGGCUGCACUGAAACUCAUCAACAAAAGCUCAAUUCAGUGGAUGCUUUGGAGAGUGAUAAAGCUUUACCCAUAGGUACAAAUUGUACGAUGCGUUGGGGCAGUAUGACAGCCGUGAAGUGUCUCAAACUUCUUGCCAGGCAGCAAUUUUGCAACGCCGAAUGAUAUGCUUACAAAACUGCAAAGCGUAAGAUGUGAUGAUGGCCUCAAAUAUGUCCAAAUCAUACCCAAAAUGAAAGGGGGAGGAAAAAAAUACAAGGACAACCGUGUCUUUUACGUUUAUCUUUGACUGCCUGCGGCAUACAGCACACAGAACAGGUUCCACCAUUGACUUGAUUGAUUGAGAAUUAAUGUGUGCUGCAGGUCGAAAGUGCAAAAGGUGAACAAUUAAUGAGCUCUUUGUGUGAUUUCAAAUAAAUGUGCAAAUUUCUAAUAAUUGCUGAGUACUCCUUCCUUCUAUUUGCGCAUUAAACAUGUAUAGUCAUUGAGAUAUCAAAGCCUCUCCUCUCGAUUCUCCC